UCAACUCCAUUCCUUCCAAUGCGUCUCCUCAACACCUCCACUUUGAAACUGGAGGAAUUCCCUGCCAACAAAAUACCUCGCCAUGCGAUUCUUUCCCACACCUGGGGCCCUGAUGAAGUGAUAUUUCCCGAUUUUCAACAGAAAAUCGCCGAAUCGAAGACAUCAUGGAGUAAAGUACUUGGCACCUGCCAGCAAGCUAGGAAAGACGAGUUCGAAUAUGUCUGGAUCGACAAUUGCUGCAUCAACAAAGAUAGCAGCGCGGAGCUAUCCGAGUCCAUCAACUCCAUGUACCGAUGGUAUGAGAAAGCAGAGAUUUGCUACGCGUAUUUAGCAGAUGUUCCAGGAAAUGUCGACCUGAAUGUCGAUGGGUCGGCAUUUGAGAAAAGUCGCUGGUUUUCCAGAGGAUGGACACUUCAAGAGUUGCUUGCUCCAUCCGAGGUGAUUUUCUACUCCAGCGAUUGGAUCGAAUUAGGCCGGAAAAGCACCUUGAGCGACAUUCUGUCCCAGAUAACAGGAGUCCCGGAAGACAUUCUCAUGCAUCAACGGCCGCUUUCCUCGGCCAGUGUCGCGAGGCGUAUGUCCUGGGCUGCGGAUCGAGAGACCACUCGUCUGGAAGACAUUGCGUACUGCUUGAUGGGUAUAUUUUCUGUGAAUAUGCCCAUGAUAUACGGGGAAGGCGAAAAGGCUUUUGUCCGCUUGCAAGAGGAGAUCAUGAAAUCGUCGGAUGAUCAGUCCAUCUUCGCAUGGACAGACACGAACGCAUCGCCGACUGCUCUCCGUGGGCUCCUUGCAUCCUCUCCAUCAGAUUUCGCGAGAUGCGGUUCCGUCAUUUCCUAUCAAGACUGGGAGCCCCGGGCCCCAUAUGCCAUGACCAACCGUGGUCUUCAAAUCGACCUUCCGAUUUCCGGGCUUGAUGACGGGAUCUAUCUCGCGGCGCUGGACUGCCCUUGCCCACCCGAUUACAAGAAUGAAACCUUCCUGGCGAUAUAUCUGAAGAGGACGUCGACGGUGAAUCACCAAUAUGCCCGAAUCAAAGUGGGAUCAUUGGCCCAAGUACAAAGCCGAGGUACAACUAGGACGAUAUUUGUCCGUCAGUCCGAAAUCAUCCCUAGCGACGAGGGUCUGUUUCCCAAACACUUUCUCUGGCUGCGUCAAUUUCGAAAAUCAAGCCCUUUUAUGUUCUCCUAUGCGAUCUUUGCCGAUCGGACAAUCGGCACCUUAGCUCAGUCAGACAAAUCCGGUCGACUGUAUCCAGCAGAUAUGAAGUUUGCCGUCGACAAGAACAGCCGUUCUCUCUCCGGCUUCCUCGUCACGCGACGGUUAGAUGAUGUGGGUGUGCUGAUUCUGCUUGGAUCGAAUGAGGGCAUCGAUGCAGGCUUUGAUGCGCUUGAAACGCGUCACGCACGCGAUUUUACCAAGGACGACCUGGGAGCACUCAGUAAACGAUAUCAGCCCAAAAAGCCCGGUCUUUGGGUCACGCUGCAACAUCAUCGCGUUCGUGUCCAUUCCCAGCCUCAUGUUGAAGCAGGUGCCAAGUACUACCUCAUUGAUGCAGAGGUGGAGUCAAUCGAGUGCAAUACAGUGCAGACUGGUGUAGGGCAGAGCGAUACUAUGAUAAUACCCAAAAAAGUAGCGACGAUGGAAAGGGAAACAGCGAGGCGUGAAUCGGAAAAGAAGGCGUCCAGCGUAUGGCCGUGGCGACGGCCAAAAGCGUGAAAUACCAUAUUCUGAUGGCCUGUUAUGCUAGUAUUUAUUCAAGCUUUGAUCAUCCCCAACCGAUCGAUCGAUAUAAAUUCCUGGUGUGAUUCUUGUUCUUUCUAUAUUUCUGCACCUGGGCUAUGGUAUAUAGUCGUAACACAUCCUUGUAGGUCUAUUGUGGUUGGGGUUAAUUCGGCAUCUUGGAUCGUCCUUUGGUAACGUGGUCUACAUUUCAAUUCAACAUCGAUCUGUGCUCUAUUCUUUUCUGGGAAGAACGAUCUUAUUACCUCUCUACCCGAAUACAACAAUGCUAUACUGAUGAUUGUCAUGGUAACAUAGCACAUUCCCCUUGAUUGUCCGGAAUGUACCCAUCU